AUGGGAUGCUUAGGAAACAUCACCUGCCAGAACGAGUACGCAAACCGCCCCGUGGUCUACACCCGUAUCGUUACUGACUUGGUGAACCAUAACAUCGGUCUGGUGGUUCCAGAGCUCUCCAACAAAACCUGGAUCCCGAGUGGUGGCAAUGCUAAGUAUCUAAAGCGGUUCGCAAACUUCCCUGACUACAAACAAAAAUUAUUUGGUAUACAUGCGGCCAUCCCUCUUGCAAUCCUUGGUGGCUAUCUUGAUAAUACGGCGUUUGGUACCCUUCUACAAAUGGAUAGGAUCAUGUCUGGCCAACCGAAGGUAAUCGAGGACUCCAUUAAUACGAUUGCCUUGCUGGGUCUUCGAGUACCUUCUUGGAACAAUAUCAACAACUCAGUCCUAAGCGAUAUAUAUGGAAUAGACGGCUCUGUUCUCGAAAAGCGCGUGGAGGUGGAUUGGUUCAAAGUCGAUCCUGCAGAGUUCUUAAAUCAAAUGGAGUCAAGUAAGGAGAUGGCAAAGCGUGACGGCGCGCUGGACGAUAUUAAGGCUGUCUGUGCCGGCAUCGGUCUCGCGACAAAUUUCAUGUCAAUUCGCGGUAUCCUUAAGACCCUCUCGUCGCCACUAAAGGGUCGUGCUAGCAUUGCAACAUUCAACAAUGCUUUCGGAGCUUACGAUUCGUCAGAAAACCUCGUACUGGGCACUGUCACUAACGUCUGUUCGCAACCGAGAUCGUCUUGUUAUGGCGGGCCACGUUUUUGGCAAUACGCAAGCGUCGCAGGCGAUGCGGUGGACAUCAUUGCUGGAUACAUAGGCUUGGCGGCGGCUGCAACCGCGCUUGUCGGCUCCUCUGGUGUUGCGGCCGCUGUCGGCGGCGCAGAGUUUGCUCUCAACACGCUCAACUUUGCGUGCGGUCUAGCCAUCUUUGCUACUGACGUGGCGCGGGCAAUCAUGACAGACUGCCAGAACGAACCUUCAUUGCCGGAAUGCACGUCCCUCGCGAAUGGCUGUUUGAACGCCGGAUCUAUCAGAAACGUGUUUGGAGUACAAUAG